UCUCGCUCGCCGCCGUCUUGCCGCAGCCGCUAGCCUGUCUCACCUCGCGGCCGGUAGCCUUGCGCGACGCGCCGCGCUCUUUCACAUUCAAAAUUAUUCGCAACAUUGCAAAAACUCUCUGUGCAAUAAAAAAUCUGUUAUCUUUCGUCAGUUGCAAUCAGCCUGGAAACACAGAGAUUCUUCAACUUUAUUUACAAAUUUAAGUGCUUUUAAAAAGUUUGAAUGCACUCCUCGUUGCAAGUCCCGCGCGCGUCGUUAUGAGAACCCCGUAGUCGCGGUCACGUUGACGUCGCGCGGUGCCGCCAUAUCUGUCUCGGUCACCAACUAGCAAAAUUAAUAGGUAAAAAUUACGUUAGGUACAUCACUAAGAAUGCAAUAAACCGCGCGUUCGCUUUUUAAAUUUUUGUUGUACCCGGAUGGAAUGAGGAGUGCACAAUCCCAUUGUUUUACAGUUUCAUAUGUUUGAGCAUCAUUUGUUUUUUUGUUUUUCGGACGGUUAGAGAGAUUUCAUUUUCUUCCAAAAUUGCAAAAAUUACAAAAUAAGAAUGGCGGAAGGCAAUGGAGAAAUAUCCAUGGAAGAGGUCCCCGGAAGGGACUCCGAUGUUUGUCGAACACCAGAUUACCGCAAACUCAUAGAGUAUGGCUUGGAUCCAAAGGUAGCAGCCAAGCUUGAUGAUAUUUAUAAGACUGGAAAGCUAGCGCAUGCAGAGUUGGACGAGCGUGCGUUAGAUGCCUUAAAAGAAUUUCCAUCCGACGGUGCUUUAAGUGUUCUUGGACAAUUUUUAGAUUCAAAUCUUGAGCAUGUAUCAAAUAAAAGUGCUUAUUUAUGUGGAGUUAUGAAAACCUAUAGACAGAAAAGCAGAGCGGGGGUGCAGGGCGCUCCCGCGCUGGCGGCCGCGGUGCAGGCGAAGGGGCCCGACGAGGACAAGAUCAAGCAGAUCCUCGCAAGAACCGGAUACACGUUAGACGUGACCACUGGUCAGCGCAAGUACGGCGGGCCGCCGCCCGGCUGGGAGGGGGGUACGCCGGGCGCCGGCUGCGAAGUGUUCUGCGGCAAAAUCCCCAAGGACAUGUACGAGGACGAGCUGAUCCCACUGUUCGAGCGCUGCGGCACCAUCUGGGACCUGCGCCUCAUGAUGGACCCCAUGACGGGCACCAACCGCGGCUACGCGUUCGUCACGUUCACGACGCGCGACGCCACGCAGCGCGCCGUGCAGGAGCUGAAUGAUUAUGAAAUUCGAAAGGGGAAAAAGAUUGGCGUUACGGUUUCCUUUAACAAUCACCGUUUAUUCGUGGGGAAUAUCCCUAAGAAUCGAGGUCGGGACGAUUUGUUUGAGGAGCUUACUAGGCACGCACCUGGACUGGUAGAAGUAAUAAUUUAUAGUUCGCCCGAUGAUAAGAAGAAAAAUAGAGGAUUUUGUUUUUUGGAAUACGAGUCACACAAGGCUGCGUCGUUAGCUAAACGUCGACUGGGCACCGGUAGAAUAAAGGUUUGGGGCUGUGAUAUUAUAGUGGAUUGGGCUGACCCUCAAGAGGAACCUGACGAACAGACCAUGAGCAAAGUAAAGGUGUUAUAUGUACGGAACCUGACUCAAGAGAUAACGGAAGAGGCGCUGAAGGAGGAGUUUGAACGUUACGGGACCGUCGAGCGAGUUAAGAAGAUUAAGGAUUACGCGUUUGUGCAUUUUGAAGACCGAGACUGUGCUGUUAAGGCGAUGCAAGAGCUGGACGGCAAGGAGAUGGGCGGCGCGCGGCUCGAGGUGUCGCUGGCCAAGCCGCCCUCCGACAAGAAGAAGAAGGAGGAGAUACUGCGCGCGCGCGAGCGACGCAUGACGCAGAUGAUCUACGGACGUGGCGGAUUUGAUUGGUGCAGCUGCUCGCCGGUGCACGGCGCGCUGCGCGGCCGCACACCGCAGCCGGCGCCCCGCCCGCCGCAGGCCCGCGGCGACUACGAUUAUGAUUACGACUAUUACGGGUACGGGGAUUACCGAGGUGGCUACAAUGAGCCAUUUUACCGGUACGAUGAGUUCUAUUUUGAUUACGCGGGGCCACCGCAACCGUCCGCCGUCCGCCAGCCUCCCAACAGAGCGCAACCGGACGACGAUGUCGCUAUCGGGCCCAACACGCUUUACUACGAUAUAGCCGGAGGCAUUCAGGUACCAAACGAUGGGGCUGGGUCAUGUGGGACCAGCGCGCGCUGGGCGCGGCGCGGGGCCGCGGCUGGGGGCCGUGGUGGUGCACGUCGCGCCGCUCGUGGCCGCCGCACGCCCAGCGCCAUGCGUGGCAACCCGCGCGCCAAGCCAAGUUUACCAGGUAAACGUAAACUGGACGGGGGUCACCAGAACAAUGGGGGGGAGAGCAAGCCGCGCCCGCAGCGCGCCCGCGAGCCCCUGUCCCGGAGACACGACAAGCUGCGCAGGGGAGCGCCUCGCGGGCGCCGCGCGCCGCGCGCUCGCCGACACCCCCCCGGAAGUCAGCAAGGAGGGCCGUUCCACUUUUUCUAUGUAUCGUGUUUUUUAUUUGAUUUUCACGUUUUCGAUUUUGUAUCGCGACGAUUCCGUAAAAAUCUUAAAGUAGGACGUUAUGAAAUGUUUCGGACGCGAGUCUCCCGUUGCGCUCGCGUUUUCGUCGUAUUAGCCGUAUAUAUUUAAUAUAUACUUAUUUUUGUAAGGGCGCGCGGCCGCGGUUGCCUGUUUGCGGUCGCGCGUCGGGUCGCAGACCCGUCGACUGUCUGUUUUUUUUUAAUACAUGUUAUUCGAUAUAUUUUAUUCCUGCGAACGCAUUUUGCGAUGUGAUGUGUAUUUUAGCAGUAAUUAUUAUAUUAUAAGGAGUUUGACUGUUGUUUUUUGACAUACUUACAACUUAGGAUACACGAGAAUGAAUUGUAGACGAAUGGAAUGAACCCGACGACUCAAUUAUUACGGCUAAAAUAGUAACACCUUGUAAUCGAUAACAUUUCCCAACUGUGUUCCUGCUUUAGUUUUUUGCUUUAUUUUAUUACAUAUUUCCCUUUAAAAUACAUUAGUGUGAAGAAGUAGUUAUUGUAAAGUUCAGGAUUUCUGCAAUGUUUAUUAUCGAUGUACUGUAACUAAACGUUUAUUUUUUGUAUUUCGACCACAUAGCAUGUCCAUACUGUUAGAGCUCUGACUUGUAUCAAUCUUGUAUCAGUUUAAUAUGUGGAAUAAAUUUGCAAAACUGUGUUUGCCUUAUUA